CAGAUAUUCUAUGUGAACUCUACGUUUCUAUCUUUGAGAAUCUGUCGUCUCUUUUAGCUUAGCAUCAGUUUCACCUAAUCCACGACCCGCAACUAAAUAUCCAAACACCAACAGAACUAUGCAUCCCUCACGGCAAGCGUACGUGGAGGAGGCAGAGCCCGAGGACAGAGGAAUCGAUUUGGCAAAUGUCCCCCUCGAUCGCGAUUAUGAUAUGCCCUCAGCGACGGCGGGCAUUGCCCCCGAGCGCGCUUCCGCCAUCCUUUCGCAAUUCGAGAGGAAGAGACGAGCGGCUGCUAUCGCAGUACCGACCGACGAUGGACGAGUCCGCGCCCGGCUGCGAGAGAUGGGGGAGCCCGUUACUCUGUUUGGAGAAGGGCCAGGCGAUCGCAGGGAUCGUUUACGGGAGCUGCUUUCGAUCCAAGCGGAGAUCGAUGCGGUGCAAGAUGAGGAAGGGGACACGCGGAUGAUGGACGAGGCAGAGGAGAACGAGCAGGAACAGGAAGAGGAAUUCUAUACGAAGGGUAUUCCAGAGUUAGUUGAGGCUAGGAGGGAUAUUGCGCGGUAUUCGUUGCCGAAGGCGAAGCGGAGAGUCGCAAGUCAGAAGAUCGAGGCUACGAUUCCGUUGAGGACGCACGUCAAAUUCAGGAAGGGCAUUAAGGAACGUUUGCAAGGGUUUGAGCUGCAAGGAAGUCAGACGGCGGGUGAGAGACCUAUCAGCAUGACGCGAUUCUCGCCGAACGGGGAGAUCAUUGCUGCUGGCAACUGGGCAGGUGGUAUCAAUCUGCUGGAUGUCCCGAAUUUGGAGAAGAAGAGGACUCUGCGUGGACACACAGACCGGAUAGGUGGUAUUUCGUGGUUUCCGGAAGCUACUCUACCAGGCACGACGGUAUCGUCUGAUUCUGUUAACCUAGCAUCCGGUGGUGCGGAGGGAAAUGUUCAUCUCUGGUCUCUCAACCAAGAUACACCUCUUUCGACAUUGUCUGGUCAUAAUCAGCGGGUCUGCCGGGUCGAGUUCCAUCCUUCAGGCAAAUAUCUCGCAUCGGCAUCCGAGGAUACUACGUGGAGGUUAUGGGACGUCAAUACCACCACCGAAUUAUUACUCCAAGAAGGGCACUCUCGAGGCGUCUUUGCUCUCAGCUUCAACACAGAUGGAUCACUCUUAGCCAGCGCAGGAAUGGACAGCAUCGGUCGAAUCUGGGACCUUCGAACGGGACGAACAGUCAUGAUCCUCGAAGGCCACAUCCGGCCCAUCUAUGCAUUAGACUGGGGCGUCGACGGUCACCGUGUCCUCUCCGGAUCGGGAGAUGGCUGGAUCAAGUGCUGGGAUAUCCGGAAGGUUUCAGGGGCCGGUGGAAUUGGUGCUCACAAGAGUGUAGUCUCUGAUCUGCGAUGGUACAAAGGAAUGGAUGAUCCAGCCCAGGGCGUCGAGCCCCAAGUAAACGAGAAGGGCGAGUGGUUACCCAAGAAAUCAGGAACGUUCUUCAUCUCGAGUGGUUUUGACAAAAACAUCAAUAUCUUCUCGGCGGAUGACUGGUCCCUGAUCCAGUCCCUAAGCGGACACACGGGAAAUGUCCAUAGUGUCGAUAACACCCGGGACGGCAAGUGGAUCGUAAGUGGUGGCUACGAUCGCACGGUGAAGUUAUGGGGAAGAAAUGAUGCGCAAGGGCUCUGAACAUGUUUCGUACCUACCUACCCAAGGUCUCAGAGAACAAGAUGCUCUCUCUCUCUCAUGAUAAUAAAUAACAUCAUCCAGGUGAUGAUUCCCUCUACCCAUCUAAGUCUCUCUUAUCAUGUAGCGAAAGUACAAAAAACAACUCGAUUGUAUGUAUGAUCACACGGAAUGGCAUGCUUAGGUAUUGCCAAGGGAAUGGGCUGGGGUUUAGGAUCUAGGCUCGACAAUUGGCCUAUUCAUAUUUUACAGAUUCACAAUAGCAGUCGAAAAAACGAAUCAACUAGUACGAG